AUGCAGCUCGUUGCAACUUCCCUCCGAGGCUUUCUCAUAUCAAUUGAACACCACAAUAACAUUUCCGGAACGAAAAUCAUACCGAGUAAGUUGCUAUUGCGUGGACUCGCUCCUUCCGACUCCGCAGGCCUUCACAAUCGAACAGCAAAGAUGGUGAUCAAAUCCCGCUGGUCGUUCCCUAUACCUAACGUUUCUCUCCCAACAUAUAUCUUCGGCUCACCUACCGCGGACCUGCCGAAGACACCACUCUACCUUUCUGCAAGCGAGCCCGACAAGUACAGCAUUUCAUUGCAUAAAUUCCGGCACGAUGCGCAACGUCUCGCUUCAGGUCUGCGGCGAGCAGGUCUUCAACCGGGAGAUCGCGUACUGCUCUACUCGGGGAAUACGCUAUUCUUUCCAACAGUAGUCCUGGGUGUCAUCAUGGCCGAAGGCAUCUUCACAGGCGCAAACCCAACCUAUAUUGCCCGAGAGCUAGCGUACCAAUUGAAGGACAGCGGAGCGCGCUUCAUGAUUUGCGCAGAAGGCAGUUUGGAUACAGGAGUUGCAGCUGCGAAAGAGGCGGGCAUGGGCGCUGAGAAUAUCUUCAUCUUUGACGACGGUCUCGCAACGUUCGAGGGUCGGAAAGUGGAGAAGAGUACCGAACUAGGACAUAUCCGUCACUGGACUGAACUGCUCGACACCCCAGAACGCGGCUCUGCAUACUCUUGGCCCAAUUUACAGACACCGGAAGAACUCGAUCGAGUAGUAGCGCUCAACUACUCGUCGGGAACAACAGGCGUUGCAAAAGGCGUCAUGAUAACGCACAGGAACUACGUCGCAAAUACUAGUCAACAGAUUCACAUUCAGUCAGUCGCGGAAGACUAUGAGGAAAAAUUGAAGAAGAAGAAAUACCUCUGCUUCCUUCCCAUGUACCACGCCAUGGCACAAGCUGUUUUCUGCUUCGGUGCCGUGAAACAACGCGUACCAGUCUACUUGAUGCCCAAGUUUGACUUCUUAGAGAUGCUACAGAAUGUGCAAAAGCACCGCAUCAGUGAUCUGGUGCUGGUGCCACCAGUCGUUGUAGCCAUGGCCAAACACCCGGCAACGAAGAAAUUUGACUUGAGCUCAGUGACUGGCGUAUCUUCUGGCGCUGCUCCACUCGGUCGGGAAGUCAUCCAGGAGUUUGAACGGUUAUGGCCGAAUGGCCAAGUCAACGUCAAGCAAGGCUACGGUAUGACAGAGGUUACAUGCGCAGCAACUACAUUCCAUCCGUCGAUCUACUCUGACAGCUUCUCUGUUGGCGAAAUCUUGGCAAACUGCGAGGCAAAGCUCGUCUUGGAUGAUGACGGCAAGGUCGAAGCACCGCGAGGCGAGAGAGGCGAGAUCUGGGUUCGUGGACCCAACAUCAUGAAGGGGUAUUGGAACAAGCCUGAUGCGACCAAGGAGACUCUUACAGAAGAUGGGUGGUUGAAGACGGGAGAUGUAGCAUACGUGGAUGAGAAGAACCAUUUCUUCAUCGUCGACAGGAAGAAGGAGUUGAUCAAGGUGAAGGGUCUACAAGUUGCACCCGCUGAGUUGGAGGCGCUACUGCUGGAUCAUCCGGAUGUGCAGGAUGCCGCCGUCAUCGGUAUCACAGUCAACGGCGAUGAACAGCCUCGUGCGUACAUCGUGCCUCAGUCGCAGGACAAGGCAACCCCGGAAACUGCUGAGAGUAUCAAGAACUGGCUGGCUGAGCGUGUCUCUAGACAUAAGCGGUUGGAAGGCGGUGUACAUUUCGUGGAUGCGAUCCCAAAGAAUCCGUCUGGAAAGAUCAUGCGAAGGCAGUUGAGAGAGAAGGCAGCGCUGGACGAUACUAAGGCGAAGUUGUAG